CAAAAAGACAAUCCCUACUCCCCUCACCCACUAAAUUUCGACCAAGCAUCCUCAAGACUAGGAAAGGAGCUCUACAAACAUUGUUCUUCCAUAGCUAAAGGCAAGCCAAGCAAGGGGGAGCUCAAGGAAGGGGUUUGAGUUGUUGAAUGUGUAGAAAAGCUUGAGGAAUUAAGGUGAUGACUUCAUUAACCUUUUCUUCUCCUUUCUUGGACAACUUAUUAAUUAAGGAUGGCAUGAAGGACCCUAGGAUUUCUAUACAUGUUAAAGGUGUAGAAAAAGGGGUUAAAAGAUGGUUCCAAGUCCAAGAACGGACUUAGAGGCCGAAGAGACCGGUUCAUCGGAAAAUAACCUUUUAGAGGUUAUUUGUAUUAAUUUGGAUUUUGUGAUGAUAAAACCUUGUUCGGCACUUGUCAAAGGUGAUUCAAGAGCCUUCACGAAGUUUAAAGAGUCGCCGGAGUUAUCACCAGAGUUCGUCAAAGUUUGUCGGAGUUUCAACGGAGUUCAACCGAGAAGGGCAGAACUUCAUCACGCUCAUUCGAGGUUGAAGCUCAAGUUUGCUAUUCUCACCUUGCUCGGUGAAGUGAUCUAAAGGGAGACGUGGUUCGUGCUUCCUUUAUUGUUUUUAAACUAUAAACUAUGCUCAUGGAUACUUUGUAAUAAAUACAUUUGUUUUGGGCCUGCGUGCCUACGUUUUGGCCAUGUGUGGCCCAUGAUUGAAUAUUGAAUAUUUCCGUUAUUCG